GGCGGGCCGAGCUUGGCUUGGGCGUCCGCGUCGCUCCCGCGCUGGGGCACAAGUCCGUCCUCCUCCGCGGGCGGCGGUCUCCUGUGCCGGCGGCUGAGGGCCGCCCGCCGCGCGGCGUCGCCUGUGGCGUUGCGGUCAUUGUGUCGUGACGGUGACGCCCGUAGUGGUUUCUGCGACAGCGGGUGCGGCUGCUUGAGCCCGGCCUGGGCUCCGCGGCCGCCUGGGGGGUCUCAGCGCGCCCACCCGUUCUCCUCCAGGACCCCACGCCAGCAGCGACCCUGAGCCGACAGCCGGAGCGACCGGCAAUGGCGGCCUCGACGGCCUCGCACCGGCCCAUCAAGGGAAUCCUGAAGAACAAGACUUCUGCGGCUUCCCAGGUGGUGGCCUCGGCCGAACAGCCCCGCCGGACUGUCGAAGAGGAGCUGAGCAAAAAGUCCCAGAAGUGGGAUGAAAUGAACAUCCUGGCAACAUAUCAUCCAGCUGACAAAGACUAUGGUUUGAUGAAAAUAGAUGAGCCAAACACUCCUUACCACAGUAUGAUAGGUGAUGAUGAAGAUGCCUAUAGUGACUCGGAAGGCAACGAAGUCAUGACUCCAGAUAUCUUAGCUAAGAAAUUAGCUGCUGCUGAAGGCUCUGAGCCAAAGUAUCGGGUUCGGGAACAAGAAAGCAGUGGAGAGGAAGAUAAUGAUCUCUCCCCUGAAGAGCGAGAAAAGAAGCGACAGUUUGAAAUGAAAAGGAAGCUUCACUACAACGAAGGACUGAAUAUUAAAUUAGCUAGACAGUUAAUUUCAAAAGACCUGAAUGAUGAUGAUGAUGAUGACGAAGAAAUGUCAGAGACUGCAGAUGGAAACAGCAUGAAUAUUGAAGAGUCAAAUCAAGGAUCUACUGCAAGUGGCCAUCUGCAAAACAAAUCACAAAGUUCAUAAAAGAAAUGUGUUCAACAAUGCAGUCAUUUGUCAAAUACAGACCUUGUUACUAUACUACACUGCUUCUUGUUCUCUACAAUUCGUGACUUACAUACCAAAAUACACACCAGUUAUAUAUUGCCAAGAAUUAAGUGAUAACCAUAGAGACUGGUUAGACAGACAAUGCCUAAUUAAUGCAUAUAUUCUUGUGCCUCAUAUUUCACCAGAAAUACAGUGUAAUGUCAUUAGUGCAAAACUGCUUUACUUUUGUAAGAACACUGGUUAAUUUGUAUAUAUUAUAUAGCUUUUUAUGCUUUAGAUAUUAAAUAAUGUCAUUGGGGGAAACUAAUUUAUUUUUGUCACUUCUAGAUGAUACCUCUUAUAAAAUGUUUGAAGAGUAGUUUGAUGUUUUUUCUUAUUUUAAUCAAAAGCCUAUUGGUACAGUGGGAUAUAUGGGUGGAUAAAUAGACAGAAAGAUAUUUUUAACAUUUAUCUUUAGCUUGUUUUGGCUAAUUGAGAAAGUGUUACUGUUCAUUUUCUGAUUGAUGACCUUUAAAAUUCCUGAUUUUCUCUGUUCUCAGAAGGAAAGGAAUGAAAUCUUUUCCAUCCAACUGGUUUCCCCCACUCCCAACCACACUCAGAUAAAUUACCAGGUUAAAGUUGCACUGACAUCUGCUCUGCUUGUUUUGGUAGGCUGGGCAGACUUCAGAUGAGGUUUUGAAUAGUGUGUGCUAGCUCAGCCUUCCCUUUAUUUAUAUAUCUGUCUGAACCUGCUCUUGUUUCCUCCUCCCUUCUGCUUAUAUACCUACAAUUGUAAAGAUUGUUAUAGGAUGGCAAAGGCUGUUGGACGUGAGAGACUUCUCCCUUACUCUGUCAUUUGCUGCAGUAAUGAAUUCUCACUUUGACAUCUGCUAGUUUGAAACAUGAAGGAAAUAAAUGAAGUAUCCAUACCACAGCAGGACAGCUAAGCAGCCUGAUCUCUGUGCAUCUGAUUGACAGCUUGGUCAGGAAAUUGCUAAUAGUUCAUUUGACUUUAGACCUUAGAAAACUAUUAACUUAGGCUUUUUUGCACGAUGAAAACUUUUUAUGUAAUCAGAAUAUGAUUGUUCCUGAAUGUACAGACAGAAUUAUGCCUGAACAUUUUUAAAUUGAAAGAUUCGGAGGAGUUCCUGCUUUAAGAGAAUAUGAUAAUGCACACUUUAACAGAUGGACUUGAUUCUUUGAACAUGGUAGAAAUUAUUUGGAUUUUUUUUUUCCCCUGAAAAGAAUAGUUCCUUUGUGUCUUAGUUUAGUGAUGAUUUCCUUUGUAGUCAUUUAUUUGUAUCGUAAGUUUUUGGUAGCACCAAAUGAAUCUGUUAUAUGACAGACUUUUAAAAUAACUUCUGUAUAUUAUAUAUAUGAAAUGGCUUUUAUUGAGCAGCAAUCUUCCACUUUCAAUUUAUGGAACUAUGAUGUCAAAAUAAAAAAAGUGGGAAGAG